AAUAUUGUUUAUAGUGAUGAGAGGGGUGUGAUAGUAAGUGGAGUAGCAGUGUAGUAGUAGUACUCAAAAAAAAAUCCUUAAUUUUCCAGGUGGCAACAUUUGGCAACACGCGACGGGAAAAAGUUAAACAUUCAGUCAUUGUUGUGACAACAAGUCAUUCUAGUAGCAAUAACCUAGUUUUUGCACCGUAGUAAGUUUUUUUGGCCGCCAUCCUUCAAAGAAAAAACAACGGCGGCGGCCGCAACCAAUUCAUACGAACGCACGUCCUGUAAAAGCACGACCAAAACGUAUUUUGGUACCGUAGGUACCGUACUAAGUAGUACUAUUAUGUUGUAUGUUGCAUGUGCAUGCAUGGUGGACGAGUACGAAUAUUCAUGUUUUGCUUUCGCGAAGCGUUGUUGCAGCGAUGUUUCAACGUGUGUCUCUCAGUUCCGUGCACAUCGUCUUUCCCUACGGUACCGUAGUAAGGUCAAAAUCCUGCAUGUCGCCCCGCUCUGCCAGAUGAAAACCCAGAAAAGCAACCAAAUUGAAGACAACUCAAAAAAAGGCUAAAAAUCCGUUGACAUUCAUUGCUUGUCAGUUACACCAACAGAGCGACGACUGCAGUUUCAUGAUGACCAUUCCAUCACAGCAAGUACCAAAAAGAUUGUUCUAUCGAUAAAACAGAAUUGCGAAAAUGCGCUAAUUUUUCCAUAAUUCUUAGAAAGCUAAGAGCAAAAUAUAAACGUUUAAUUUGUGUUUUUUCAUUCGUUGGAACUUGGAAAUUACAGUCAACACCAUGUCCAAAGAGAACGAGGUCCCUAAACUCGAUAAUAAAGAUGUGAGGGCUAUCUUCGAGAGCCUCUACGAUAAUAGACCAGCACCACCGGGAUUGAAAUUUCAAAUUGUACCUGUUGGCCCCAAUGGCCAGGGACUUUCUCCACCAAAUCAUGAAUACGAAGGUAAGCUUUUGCUGCGCAUAAGGUGGAUAGAAAAAUUCUCGUGAGUCACUCACUGAUAAAACUCAUUAUUCUCUUACGUUGUCCUAUCAUAACAGAUGGAAUUUAUGUCUUACUGAGACCUGACAAGUCGAAGAAAAAUAAAAAGAACAAGAAAGGCUCUAGCAAUGAUUAUGAACGCCCGAAAAUUCCCCCCCAUUUAGCUCAUUUGAAAAUGAAAACCCCUUUAUCGAACGGAACAAAAUGGAGUCUUAGUGGACCGCAAUUUCCGAGACCCACUGCAAUCCAGCAGCGCUACUGCUACCCGCAGGGAGAUAGCGAAUAUGCUUCUAAGAAGGGAGCUGCGCUGUGGACGAUGUAUAAUUGCAACGGCAAGGAAGACAAAGAAUAUCGUUUACUGCACGUAUAUUUCUCAGUGAAACGUGCUAACAACACAGGUCGCAACGCGCUUUCUGUUUCAGUAUGCUCUAAGGCGUCAUCCAUGUCAUCCAAAGCUAGUACGAAGAGAGUCAACCGCAAGAGGGCGAUUCUAGAUGCCAGAAAAGGUGGGAAGCGACAGAAACGGCCUUACUCAAAAACUGGUCACGACUCUAAAUUAUCCGGAGUACUUCCUCCCUCUUCACCAGUGAGAGCAAACGGUCCGAUUUUCCGACCUCCUUUUGUCAAUGUUUCUCCGAAUACGGCAUCGGCAUCGUCUAGAGUUAUCGAACGCAACUUAUCGAGAGAUGGAAGCUUUGGAGACAACUUUGGAAACCACAGAAUUUAUACAAUUCCGUCAUAUCUUUUGAAUGGAGAUGAUGAGUCGUAUGAUACAAGCCCUGCAUUGAAUGCUGUCGAUGACAUUUUCCGCGGAAGUGAAUUGCCUGAUGCAGCUCGCGAUUAUGAUAACAUGAUGGGAGUCGAGCUUGCUGAUCCUUCGUCGAUGAUGAGGGUAGCAUGUAUAGAUUGGCCGACUCUGAACGAUAGUGCUAGCGCAAAGCACGCGCGCCAUCAUUACCAACAGUCAAGCGAAACAUUCCCCCAAGUUCUGGUGGGAAAACUGAAAACUUUGCAUGAGAAGAUUAUCCAUGAAUGGGUUGGUUCUCGCCCUCGUUCCGAGCAAGGUUUGUUGAUUAAUCUUGUUGCCAACUGGGCUCGUUCUAUCUCUCGUUCUCCCCUCGAAUUGAAUCGUAUAGACAGAGAUGUGAAAGAAGAAAGCGAUGAUAUCUCUGGUGCGGUUGGAUUAAUUGAUUCGUUGGUAGUCGACGAGGACGUAGCUAUUGCGGUCUAACUGUUUCGAGAAGGCUGCGAGCAGCGAAAGAAACCAAAACUUCGUUGAUGAAACUGAUAAAAAAUCAUCAUCUCA